UUUGUGUGAUACGGAGAGAAACAGUCGGGGAGGAAGAGGGAAAGAGGAAUCCAGUGUGUUUGCUUCACCUCCUGUGAUCAGUUUUCCCUGAAGAGCCUCUUCCUGCAGCAUCAGUGGAGACAAGGAGAAAGAAAAGGAGAAGAAGAAGAAAGUGCAGUUCAGAGCUGCUGCUGUAUCCUUUUCCCAUCAGACGAGCUUCAAACAAAUGACAGCGAUGAACGCCCCUCUUUCCACACCGUGCAACAUCAAGAUCUGCGAGGUGACCUGCGACUCUUUCCGCAUCAUGUGGGACAUGACCCCGGAGGAUUCGGCCCGAGCCACGCACUACUUCAUCGACCUGAGCCGCAAAGAGAACAGGGACCCCAACCGGUUCAAGCACAGGGAUGUGCCAACAAAGCUGGUGGCCAAGGCUGUGCCUCUCCCCAUGGCGGUCAGAGGACACUGGUUCCUCAGCCCGCGGACCGAGUACUGUGUUUCUAUUCAAACAGCUGUCAAGCAGCCGGAUGGUGACUACCUGGUGUCAGAGUGGAGCCAGGUGGUGGAGUUCUGCACCGGAGACUACGCUAUGGAACACCUGCAGCAGCUCCUGGACAAGGCCAAAGGCUCUGCAGGGCGGCUACUGAAGUUCUCCGUGUUCUACCGCAACCAGCACCCGGAGUACUUUGACUUUGUCAGGAGGGAAUGUGGGGGCCUGAUGCGUCCAGCUCUGAAAGACAACAGCGGGAGUCACGGCUCUCCGAUCAACGGCAAACUGCACGGAGUCUUCUUCAGCUGCAACACAGAGUUUGAUACGGGACUUCCUCCCAAAGACUCCCCCUACGGGCCCCUUCGGUUCCAGAUCUCAGCCGGCCACCUGCUGAACCCCAACAUCUGCCUGUAUUUUGCAGACUUUUACUGCAUGUACACGGCCUAUCACUACGUGGUGCUGGUUCUGGCGCCGGUCGGUACGGAAGGGGACGCGUUCUGCCGCAGCCGCCUCCCGAUGCUGGACUUGACCUCUAACCCCUUCCUGACCUACGCUGCCCCUCAGAGGCAGGGGGAGGAGCCUGUGUACUGCCACGCCAGCGACGUCAUCCUGGAGGUGCUCUUCGCUGGGCCGGUUCAUUUGGAUCAGGGCGCCGUGCAGCAGAUCAGCGGGCACCACCAGCUCAUGAGUCUGACCACAGCUGACGCCAAGAAAGACCCAAGCUGCAAAGUGUGCAACAUCAGCGUGGGGCGCUGAGGCGGCGUGGACACUAGGUUGGGCAUUAUUUAAAUCACUGAGACGUACAUAUCUUGAGAUCGGUCGAAGGUGCUUUCAACCCAGGAGCGUAGCACAGAUCAUCUGACUGAGCCUUGUGCUCACUUGAUCAAUCUUUCUUACGUAUAUUUUCAAAACCUUUUCAUUCUGGGCUUUGUCGGGGGUCCCUCCCUGCAGUGAGCCCUGGGUAAACAAUACUUCCCCCAACAAGUCCCACAAGCUUCCACCUUCCCUUUUGCCUGAAUUAGAAAAGUGUGUUUUUUAUUAUACAUCUACGUCAAAGAAUGCACAACUUUAAAAAAGAAAACAGUGAAGCCAAUACAAAACUGCUGUGUAUAUUCAAAAGAAAAUGACCCAUACUUGUUGAGAUUUUGGUGCUCCCUUUGAUCUUUUAUUGUUCUUUUUAUGAUCCUGUGACUUUGCUCUGUUUCACUGAUAUUUGACUUUGAAAAGAGCACGAUGAAUAUGGAUAUUAUACCUUUAA